UGCGGCAUCUUUAGGUGGUCUGGCUGGCUCACUAACAAGGUUACCGACAGGAGUUAAACAGUUGAAAACCGUGUAAACGUCACUUGCAUAAUCUUUGGAAGAAAUGGAUGUCAAGGCACAGGAAGAGCAAAAUGAAAAUAUACGGCAACGAAUGCUCGAUGUGAAACAACUACGAAUAGCAGAAUGUCCUUCAGACUCACCGUGGGUCAGACCUGUUCGAAUACAUUACCAACAAGAUGGCCAACAACGGGACUGGGACGUUGUAAGGGCACACGACGGUGUUAGUAUAGUUGUCUUCAAUACUAGUCGAAAGAAACUCGUGUUUGUUCGACAAUUUCGUCCGGCCUUCUUCUAUACAUUCCUUCCGGAGAAACGUGGACCGGUGGACCUUAAACAGUAUCCUCCAAAGUUAGGUUUGACCUUAGAACUAUGUGCCGGUAUUGUGGAUAAAGACAAAUCGCUUGCUGAAAUAGCAAAGGAUGAGUUGGAGGAAGAAUGUGGAUACGACGCACCGUUAAAGGCUUUUGAAUAUGUCAUUACGUUCAGGUACGUUUCUACUUCGGUCUGCAAGCAUACACUCUUCUAUGUGGAAGUUACGGAUGAAAUGCACACACAUCCUGGAGGGGGUGCUGCGUCUGAAGGAGAACUGAUUGAAGUGGUGGAACUAAGCAUCCCAGAGGUUACUUUGGCUACCAUCGUCAUCAAACAUGGAGGAAGGAGUUUGCAGUCAUUGUAACACAAACAGCGACCUAAUAUCUAUAAAUAAGAAGACUCCGUUGCAGAAUCGUUUCAGUCUAUUUCAUAUUUCAUUGCGAAACAGUACAUUUAUUCUAUUGCAUAUAUUAUUUCAUGUUACUCAGGCACUUCUUUAAACAAGGACAGACAUAGGACAGCGUUGUCAGUUAUUUGCGUAUAGUUAACCUUAUUGGUUUUUACUUGUUCCUUAUUUAUGUGUGGCCUUAUUUGUCCAUAAUUAAUAUCAUUAGUCUAUAUUUAGUCUUAUUUGCCUAUAUUUGUCCGUGUUUGUCUAUAUAUGUCCUUGUUCGUUAUUCUUUAUUUAGAAAGUUCUAGAACUUCAUAUGUGAAGAAAAGCCUAAGCCGCAAUCGUUCGAUCGACAUUUUUGUAUAUUCGCAUAAAUAUCGGAAACUAGGCAACGAUCAACAGGUAGCUCCGUUCGUCGUCCUUGCGAUAACUUAAGUUUCACGGACAUACGAUCGUCACAUAAUGUAACUAUAACGCAAUUAUACUAAACUUUCGUACCACUUUGGGAUACGCUUUGUACGCCACGCUAACAGCGGCGUCUAUUGUCUCCUUGUCUAGUGGAUACAAUGAAUUAUUAUGCAAGUGUUUCGUUAGUUCCCUCUUGCAUCGCGAUCGCUUGAGUAGCGCGACGAAUCGCUGACUCAGCUGUGUCAAUCAUUUCGGUAACAUCAAUUUCCACGGUUGGCUUCAGACGAACCGCAUAAUAGGCAAUUUAAGGUUAUACAGGCACCUGUGAUCCCCUCCUAUAUACGAUUUUAAUGUAUUACAUAUGUCAGAAGUUGAGCGCGUAUUAAGGGAAUUAGAAUUUUUACAUAUUCCAUUUCAUAAAAUGCAAUGCUCAGUGACUGGAGUUCCUUCCUAGGGAACAUUAUGCAGAGUAGUUCAAGUCACAACUUAGAUAUUUAAGUUUUGUCGAAGUUCCAGUAAUUCAAAAUGGUCGACAAUUUUUAUUCUUGAGAUGGGUUUAUACUAGGCAGGUGCAAUAGACAAGUUUAUCUAAAGAUAGUAUACGUUGUAACUAAAAGCGCUAACUCAGAAAAGUGUACCAAGUACUUCUGGUCUGCAAUAGACUCAAAAUAUUAGAUCUAUCCACAAUGUUCAGAAAAGUGUACCAAAUACUUCUGGUCUCCAGUAGAAACUAUUAGAUCUAUCCACAAUGCCCAAAAAUUUGCAGCGAAGCAAAAGUGGGCUAUCGAAAAUUCUUUGCGACGUCCUUGCGUGAUAAUUUGUAACCCCGUGGCAAACUUGGGAGCACGAUUAUUCGUGUCAUCAAGGAGCUCCGAUCGGGUGGUUGCAGUAUGCGUGUGUCGUAUCGCGUGGGUGCCCACGUAGAGGGUGUUCCGGAGGAGCCCUCAGCGAGAGAGAGAGAACCUCGAGAGAGCGAUAAGAAGCUGAAAAGAGAGAAGAAGCAAACUCGGAGAGGGCGAAGAGGGGAGGGAGAGACAGUUGGUCCGUGGGGAGAGAAGCAUAGGGUGGGCGUCGACCGUUUUAAGCGGAGGAGUGCCGUUGGAGCCGAUGGGAGCGAAGACCGUUGAGUUUGAGGCGAGCUGAGUGAAGCGCGGGCGUCACGACGACGUCGGUAUCGUGGCUGGUCUCCGCCAAUCCGUCCCUCAGCGGCCAUGUUGCUCGUGUACCUGGGGCGGAGCGCGGUACCACCGUCUGCGACCUCUCUCUCUCUCUUUUUACUCCGAGUAAACUCUUCCUCUCCUUCACCUCCUUCUUCGUGGACGACCCGUGUCCUCGACUUCUUCUUGUCUUCUCCGGCUCUUUUUCUUUUAUCUUCGCAUUCCUUGUUCCUCUCGUUCGAGUUCGCGUUACGCUUCUUCGGGGCCAAACCGUCGCACCCGUACUGCACCUGUGACCGCUGACGUAACCUGGAUGGUAUCUUGGGACCGCGACCCCUUUUACCGUACCGAGAACUGCUUCCUGCUCGCUGAUUCUGCAGGCGAAUUCGUCGUUUUGUGCGAGAUGCUUGCUCAUAAGAAAGUAGAUAAUAGGGACUUUAGACUCUGUUUUUGACUAUUGUGAAAGAGUAGAGAGGUGGAAUUAUGUAGGAAAAUGGCGAUGAAGUUUGAUCAUUCGAAUGUAAUAGAUCGAGUUAAGGUCGCCCACUUAACAACGCAGUACCUGAAUAACAUCAGUCACAUUCCUAUUAUUAAUGUACUGUGCAUACUCUACCAGAUGAGCUAUACUUUCCCUGCUUUCCAAACUGACUGAUGCAAAUAAUUUACUCCUGGUGAAAAUGUGUCUGUUCAAAUGUAUGUGUGAUUUUCAACUGUAUUUUUUUUCGUGGUUCUAUUAGGACUCAUAUCGUAUCUCAGCGAACCGAUGAGAGUAUCGAUGUUAUACCUUUUACUAUGUUAUACUGAUAUUUAUACUAUACAUGUAUACAGUUGCGAGAAUGUAUCAAAGUUACGGUACCAGUUGUUUUAAAUGGACUUUCAUGUGGAGCUAGUUUAGGUCGACUCCAGGUGAAUGUAUAGGUUGAAAUUUGGAGUGUAAGGAACGUAAAGUGAAGUUGCAAUACUAAUACCGAAUUGAAAGCAACGUUUCCUUAAUUGAUUCGUAAGCAACGAACGGAAUUCUCAUGGAGCAUGAACGCCACCAUGCGUACGGAACGUUUACGUCCUAUAAUUGCAUCGGUGCACGGCGGGACUAUACGUUCGUGCAAUUAUCCCGGGGACCCUUUCGGCCGGCGGUAAGAUCUAUGGGACAGUUGACGCGGUCUCGAAGGCGAAAUACAAUCGCGCCGGCGGCCGCGACUUCGGAGCCGGCAAUUACACGCGAUUCGCGUAAUCGUAAAACGAAACGUUAAGCAUGGAGUUGUUAUUUCCCCGAGUCGACGCGAAACGUAGCCGGUAACGCGGCGUAAAUCAACCGCCACCUAGACGACCAUACAGGGAAACUCGAGUGGCCGAGCAUCCUAGCAUAAUUGCCCGGUGUCCACGUUGCGGAAUAAUUCAUUCUAGCCUUCUCUCUGUGCACCCUGUUCAACGAACUCCGUGAACCUUUGAAAAAACACCACGUCUCGUAAAAGCGGUAUACAAACCGCGAGAGAUAAGAAUCAUAAUCAGAUCAUGUGACAUCGCGUAACGACAAAACCAUAAACAUAGACCGUUCAGGCUAUCUUGGAAUGUUAACCAUUAAUAUAUUGAACUAUCAACCGUACGUACGGCGAUUUUAUUAUUAUUUUAACGUGAGCUGCCGGGAAAAUGUAUGGCAGAGCUGGUGCAGAUAGGGGCUUGCAUGUGGAGUAUACUUGGUCUGAGCUACGACCAAGAUAUUUUUUGAUAGAGAAGAGAUUAGGAUACUUGCUUUGAGUUAGGUAUACUUGGUCUAACGAUACCUAGUUUGAAUGAUGACCGAGAUGUUUCUUAAUAGAAAUGAGAUUAGGUGCAAGUACACUUGAUUCGAGCAAAUGGACUUCAUUUAAGUAACAUUUUGAAAGCUAACGUUCGGAUUCUAAAUUUUAAAUAGAACUAACGAAUUAUUUUACUGAUAUAUAUUAUACAAGAUGUGCAUAUUAUACUGCAUAAAAUGUGUAUAUCGUUAACGGAAUGUUUAUUUGAGAAAAUUAUUACUGGAUCAGUAAGAAUGUAAUACAAGAGUAAAUUUGUGUUACUCGAGCACGGAUGAUCAACGCGUGCAACGAUCAAAGUAUUAUUCGCUUAUUUUUCAGUAAAUAUUGUUUUCGAAAAGUGGUAAAUAAAAGUUGUCGAAAUUCCUUAAAACGAUGAGUCAAACGUAGAGUUGUUUUGCGAUACAAUGGGCGGGGCUAGAAUGUUUCAUUUGUUCGGUUUCGAGUUAGCCUUUUCUGGUCGUAUAUCAACGCCUUUCCACAAACAGAGAUAAUACUAAAUGAUAUUUAUAAUUCUAUUAUCAAUGCGACGCCGAGAUUUCGGUGCAUCACGUGGAUUCCGAUAAGACCUGUUUCAGCCAGGCUGAGAUAUUGAAAAAUAUGAUACAUUCGUGUAUCAUAAAGUAUCAUUGAAGCGAGCUUAAAACUGUGGAGUCGCAAUCAGGAAAUAUGUUGCAAAAUUUUACAACACAGGUUUUUGAGGGAUCAAAUUUAACGUGGAUGUGUUAUUAGUGGUAAAUGUUUUGUAAAAUAGAUAAGUGAUCAGCACAUAUGAAUAGCAGUUUAGAUAUAACGGUACAUAUGUGUAGUUUGAAGAUUAUGAAUAUGACAGUAGACAUUUUGUUCUAUACAACUCUACAGUUUUAUCUGGUAAUUUUCUCCUAAUAUACAAGUUUGUUCUUAACUGCAUCCCUCAUAAAAUAAAUUUGUGUAUAAUACACCCAGUAAUAUCCAUUAUUUAAAAUACUAACAAAUUGUUUAAAUUUUACAUAAAACUGAUAGUUUUUGCAUUGAUCGGUACCGGCCAUUUUGUGUCGACAUUCUAUAAUAAAUAUUGACCAGUUACAUAUAUUGAUUAAAAAUAGUGACCCAGUAAACAACAGCGUAUGUACACUAGAAUAUAAUACAAGAAAAUGCAAAAAAAAGUAAUGAAAUUGACAGAAAGUAAAAAACGUGAGUUAAUGAAAUUUUCAACAGCUUAACCUUUUAGUAAGAUUUCUCGUUUGCGAAAGAGGAAAGGUAUGGUUAUGAGACGGCAUUGCGAUUUCCAUAUAAAUACAUCAAUUUUUGUCGCCUCCGAAGCCGUUCGGGUCGUAUUAAAGUCGUUAUGGAACGUCAUUAACAGCGAAACACGAUGUUCGAACGAUGCUUUUGUAAUUUAGUAUGGUAGCCACUCGGAAUGCGCCGGUCCGCCGCUCGAAACCGUUGGUGUUUGCGUAACCCGACAAAAUAUACAGAUCGAAUUCGGAGUGAUUUGUUUUCUUUGCCGUUAGAAAUUUUGUUCGUCCGUCUAGGUGGCUACCGGGUGAAAAUAAACAUUUUUCCAGGCUUUUUCGCCCCGUGUACACCGUCACUGUACGUGCACACGUACACGCAUUCGCGUAUAUACACGCGUCGACGCACGCGUCAAAUAGUUGGAAACAGCCAGGCCAACGCAUCCAUCUUCGAGCUAUUAUCUCCUACAUAACUCAUCUGUUUUUCCCAUCAGCCAAAUUGCUGUUCCGCUCGAAAUCGACCUAUCUCGCUCCCGUUCCUCCUCUCUUCGUUUUCUCUCUAUUCUGUCAAAAACUGCCGCUUUUUUUUACAUGGAUGACUUACGACUCGGAAAACUUGCCCGAAAUUCUGUGAUUUAUGAAACGAGUAAAAAAAAGAAACGCUACCGGCGUGUUUUUCGCGGAAAUUUCGACGUUACGUCGCGAAAUGUCGCUGCAACUUGUACGUUCUUGUGGAGAGGGUUACGAUCAUAAGAGUGCGAUAAGCUUUGGGUCCCAAGCUGUAAUUCAUUGCGAGAUCCGCUACGGUUUAAAGACUUUAUAAGUUUGAUUUAUUAUAAUUUUCUUAUUACUGGAAGGGGACUUGUGACGUGUUGAACGGUGUACUAAACAUAAAUCAUAAAUACAAUUUUAUUAUUUGAGUAAUACUUGAAAUUGUGGAUUUGGUUAGGUUAGAUCAGAUCAGAUUUUUAGGUUAAGAAUAAACAGAUAAAAUCAUACAUUGUGCUUCAGUCUCAUUCGUCACAAUGAUCGCUAAUGACGAUAUCGAUGCAUAUGAUCGAUAAUGUUUCUUAAUUGUCGAUAUUUAUCGAUGAUGUUAUCGGUGAUAGUAACGUUACGUAGAAUUGAUGAGUAACAGUAAAUGUGAGGUCACAUUAAUUUUUAAAGUGAAAGACUCGGUAGAAAAGAAUAUCUUCAUACAACCAUAUCUCAAUAAAUGUUUAAUAAAUAUUCAAUAAAUGAAUAUUUUAAUGUUCCUAAAUUCGAGUACCUCAAAUGUCGAAUAUGUCCAUGCACUCACAUAUGUGCUCCACUGAUCCUAAAUUGGAAGAUCUCCACAUUCGAGUAUCUCGAAUCUCCAGUACCUUCAUACACCUACACCUCAAUAAAUACUAGAAUGAUUCUACACUAAAAUGAUCCUAAACUCGAAUACCCUGACUCUCGAAUAUUAUACACCCAUCUUCCAAUACUCAAACACCUAAAUUCCCAAAUAACCCUAUUCUCCCAUAUCCUUCCAAAUUCCCACAUAUGUCAUAUCUCCCACAUAUUCCCAUCACAAGUCUCGAAUAUCAUCCACAUCGCAGUACCUACAUAUAUACCCAAAUCCUAAAGAUCCACCAUUUUGCAAGAAGUUCCCAGGGUUUCCCUGGUCCUGGACGCAGGAACGUCAUCGGCAGGGAUCGGAAGCAGAAGAGAUCCUGGCUCGAUCCGUUCGCGGCGGGGAUGCUCCGAAUUCCGAAAACCGAGACCGUGCUCCUCGUGGGCGGAUCGUGGCCCAUAAAUACCUGUGGUGUAAACACGAGUCGUCGAAUGUUUGGCCAGCCUGGGCUCAACCAACCGUGCCACGGAUUCGAUCGUCUGAUGUAAACCCUUUGGUUAAAUAAACCGGCCAGCGUUUCUUGCGCGUGGAUUCGGACGCGGGCAAUCACGCGCGAAUUAGGGUUUGUUCAAAUGACGAGUGUGCCGCGAAUCUUUUUAAUCUAUAAUACUAGACUAAGUUUGAUUAGAUUAGAUUAGAUUGACUAUACUGUUUAGUACUGUACUGUUUAAUACUGUUAAAUAUUAUAAUAUACUGUUUACGACUGUUUAAUACUGUACUAUACUGU